AUGCCAUUUGAACAUUUUAAAACUUUAGUUAAUUUAAUUUCUGAUCAUGAAAAUUUUCAAACUAAAGGACAAAAAAAACAAGCACCAGUAGAAUUACAAUUAGCAGUUUUUUUACACAGAAUUGGAGUAAUUAAAGUAAUAAUUUCAAAAAAAUUAUUAUUUGUUCAAUGGCCAAAAGGAGAGCAGCGAAAAUUAGUUCAUAAAGGAUUUCAAUUAAUUGGUGGAUUUACAAAUGUAAUUGGUGUUAUUGAUGGAACUCAUUUAAUUUUAAACAAUAAACCUUCUAAUUCUCCGGAAUUAUAUUUUAAUCGAAAAAAAUGUUACUCAAUUCAACGUCAAGGAAUAGUAAAUUUUCAUGGAAUUUUUAUUAGUUAUGAUAUAGGUUGGCCAGGUUCAGUACAUGAUGCAAAAGUUUAUAAAAAUUCAAGUUUUUAUAAAAAAAAAAUGAAUUAUUUAUCAAUAAUGAUUAUUUACUUGGAGAUUUCGCAUAUCUAA